AUGCUGGCAGCUUUCAGUUUGUAUAUAUGUUGUCGUGUCAGUGUUUAUUUAGUCGAGCAAGGAGAGAAAAGGCGCUGGGGACGAGUUUGUGUAAAACAAACAAUACUUGAGUCUUCAAAAAGCUAUCACCCAACCAACGAACGCCUACCACAAAAAUCAAGAAAAAAAACUGGAGAAGAGGUAGCAAAAAUCUUUUGCGAGCUCGGAGCCGAUCCUCCUGGAUUUGAAAAAUGUUACAUCGAUGACUACAUUGGUUAUGGAAUUUUUGCGACGAUUAACUUCCAGAAGAAUGAUUUCUUGUUGGAGUACCCUGGUACUUUGCUAACAGAAGAGGAAGGUGAUGAGUUGAUGAAAACUUAUCCAGAUGACAUAGGAUCGUUCCUAUUUUUUUAUAAAAAUAAAUGCAUUGAUGCAACACACGAAGAAAGGUUAGGAAAAUACGUCAACGAUUCAAAGUUUCCCAACUCUGCAAUGAAAAGUGUUUUGUUAAAUGGACGCCUGCACUUGUGCUUAUUUGCACUAAAAGACAUUUGCCCUGGUGAGGAGUUGCGAUACUCGUAUGGAGCUAGCGGUCUUUGGUGGAGAAAGGAUAAGAGGUCCAAGGUAAAAUACACUUUAAGUAAACUAAAGGAAAAGAAUAAGAAGAAAAACAGUGAUUGUGACGUUGACUUUGCACUGGCAAGAAGUCUAUACAUAAAAGAUGGAUUAACAUUUAUUGAUGUGGAUCCACAGAAUAAGGCUAGAAAACAGAAGACAGUUGACGAUGGCGGGGAGAAUAUAGUUGAGAGCGUGAACGAAUUUUCAAAUACAGGUAGAAGACAAGAGACAGUUGACAAAGGCGGGGAAAAUACAGUUGAGAGCGCAAGGGAAUUUUCAAAUACAGAUAAAAGACAGGCGACAGGUGAGGGAAGCAUUAACGAUACAACUGAGAGCUCAAAACCAGUUCUAGAUAUGAAAGUGGAAGUAUUGCCAACUCAAGAAUACAAUGCGGCGGAAAUUGUAAAUGAAAUUUUUAAUCCUACCGAUGGUCAGGAAAAGUUUGCUGAUGUCGAUGAAUUAACAUUAGAAGUUAGACGCUUACGUGAUAACCCGCUACCAGAAAUGCCACCUAUGAAACGUGUGAAGCGAAAAGAAAACUGUGAUGAAAAGGAUUUGAACGUCACAGAAAGAUUGUGUCAGUUGAUUCGGAGUGGAAAUGUAGCUGAAGCCAAAAAAACUUUCAAUCUAUGGGAAAAAUCUUUGAGGAGCACUUUUCCACAGAAACGAAAACGAAAAGUGUGCACUUGUCCAGUCUGCUUUCAAGACAAGACUGAUUUAGUGGUUCAUCUUGUUCGAGUACAUCAGAUAACGGAAGAGAAUGCCAAAAGUUAUAAAAGCGGAAUCAGUUCAAAUAACGAGAGAAAAAGAUUAGCCAACGAGCAAAGGAAAACCAAACCUCGAUUUUACCGGAAAAAGAUUUGUCCCAUUCUGGGCUGCUCAAAAGUGGUUGUUCGAAUAGAAAAUCAUUUGAGAGAAACACACAAAAUUAAAGAUAACAAAAAAUUUAAGGCUGCUCUGAAAGAGGCCAUUGCUUUCGAGGAAUUUACACCUAAAAAUGGUUUAAGCGAAGAUAGCGCGACAAGUAGUUGCAGCGAAAGUAGCGAACGGGAAGAGGAAAACAAGAUCAUGAGGAAUGGUGGAAUGAAGUACCUCAACGUUGCUGAAAAUAUGUCGCCUGUGAAUUCCAAUGAUAGCAGCGAUGAAGAUUGGUUUUCGAGAAAGGUUAGAAAUAUUGCGGAACGUAGGCGAGAAGAAAGAAAGCGUAGAACUAGUAAGAAAAUUAUUAACUUUGUUAAUUGCAGAUUUUGUUGACAUACGAUUGUGUGCCUGUUCAAAAAAUAAAUGUUUGAUAUUGGAUGCCGUAAUAAUUUCUUUCUUCUUAAAGUGAGACGCACUGGAAUUAAAAUAUUAACCUGUUGAUUAAUUCCCUGUUAAAAACAACAUACUUCUCAAAUCACAUUUUAUUUACGAUUAAAAAACAGGUGAAUCAAACAAGAUUACUUUCAAAAGUGCGCUGUUAAAAGACUAGGUUAAGCAAAGAUGUUAUAAAGUCGGAAAAAUUUAUUCUCAUGUGACAUUAUGCAAAUGUUUUUUUGCGCUUUGAAUCUAAAAAUCUUUAUGACCUAGUGAGUUGAACAAUGACUUUAAUAACGAAAUCAAUAUACACCCAAAACCCUCAAUACAGAUCUGGGCACGGCGGGCUAUUUCCCGUGUGAAAAUGCUUAACUCGUAUUUUUCAAACGGCCUGGCUAUUUUGUCAAGGAUUGUUACAUGGAGUUUGCGCCGCAAUUCGACACUCCUUCAAUUGCAACCUAGGUUUUCACAAUAGCAGGUACAACAGCAGCGCGAUGGAGAGAUUUGUAGAAAAAUAAAAAUGGCUACCUGGCUAAACACACUGAAAGGUUGCUGCAAGUGUUUAAAGUUUUGAUUUGGUAUAUAACGAGUAAAAAAUGGAUAAAUUAUUGUUAUUUUAUGGCUUUCGUAGCUACCGUUACUCAUUAUUGCAUAUAAUAAAAAAUAAAAAGAAGAUGGGAUGGAGGCAGCACAGCUAGCUAGCUGCCAGAACACACAGGACAGUCAAACAACAAAAACUACUUUUGUGACACAUUGUAUCUCAAUAUGAAGCAAAUAAUAACACAACAACUCUGUUUAAAUAAAACAUAUGAACUAUGAAAACUUUUUUUUAAUAAAAUAUAAACUAUCAUAUAGCUAGUGUUUUAUAACAUCUAUUCACAGAAAAAAAUGAUGAUGAUCUAGAA